GCCGUUACGGAAUCACGGUGAGUCCACUGAUCUUUCUAAUUCUCUUUCCUCGUCAUCGUUUCAACAGAGAGAUACACUCUCGGGUUUCUCUCUCCUUGGUUGUCUCUCGGGUUUCUCUCUCCCGGAAACCCUUAGACCUGGUUUUUACAAAAUACACCAAAAACCAGGUCUCCAAUCCUAGAAAGACAAACUCUUGUUCUGUCUUUCCUUUCUCUCUCUCUCUAAACCCACCAAACAACUCGUUGUUUUCUCCUAUAUUUUCUUCAACUUCCACCUCGCCUCCUCUCAACAGCUCUCCAACAUGAACGACCUUUUAACGCAUUCCUUUGAGAUUCCCCGGGGUCAAGCUUCAACGGAUGGCGAUAUCGAAAUGGGAACAAAUCAUCCAGCGAAUUCAGGAGAACUAGGCUUGGACAAAUUUUUUAAGCAGGUUCAAGAUAUUGACAAACAAUAUGAUAAGCUGAAUAAGCUACUCAGAAAGCUCCAGGAUGCCCAUGAGGAAUCUAUGGCUGUCACCAAAGCUGCCGCCAUGAAAGCAAUCAAGCAACGAAUGGAGAAAGAUGUUGAUGAAGUUCAAAAAAUUGCUCGUUUUAUUAAAUCAAAAAUUGAGGAGCUUGACAGAGAGAAUUUAGCAAAUAGGCAGAAGCCUGGAUGCGGGAAAGGAACGGCGGUAGACCGAUCAAGAACAUCAACAACACUUGCCUUGAAAAAGAAGUUCAAAGACAAGAUGUCUGACUUUCAGUCUUUAAGGGAAAGCAUCCAUCAAGAGUAUCGCGAGGUUGUUGAGAGGCGUGUUUAUACAGUAACGGGCACCAGAGCUGAUGAAGAGACGAUUGACAAUUUGAUAGAGACUGGGGAUAGUGAACAGAUAUUCCAAAAAGCAAUCCGGGAACAAGGCCGAGGCCAGAUAAUGGACACCCUCGCUGAAAUUCAAGAACGCCAUGAUGCAGUCAGAGAAGUGGAAAGGAAACUUCUUGAGUUGCAACAGAUAUUCCUAGAUAUGGCGGUGUUGGUGGAUGCUCAAGGAGACAUGCUCGACAACAUAGAAUCAAUGGUUUCAAACGCAGUUGACCAUGUUCAAUCUGGGAAUACUGCUCUCCAAAAGGCGAAAAGUUUACAAAGAAAUUCCAGGAAAUGGAUGUGCAUCGCCAUCCUCAUACUUCUUAUCAUUGUUGCAAUCAUUGUUGUGGGAGUGCUAAAGCCAUGGAAGAGCAAUAAGGGUGGUGGACCUGGUGGUGGUCCCGGUGGUCCACAACCAUCAGGGUGAUAUACCUCUGCCAUAUAAAAUGUAUAAAUAUAAAAGAACUGAUGUUGAAUCCUUACGGAUUCUGGUCCCAAAAGUUGAUCGUGUGCCAUAUUUAUUUGGAAGAUUUACUUCUUAUUCUUUACAAUAGAAUGCGUAUUUUCAUGUAGAUUUUGAAAAGGAUAUUCUUUAUGGACUCUCUCUACUGCAAUUUUUUCAGCUUGCUAAUGAAUUAUUAUUUUUCUAUA